GCAGUCUGGGAUUGGGUGAUCCUGCUGCUGGUUCUCUACACGGCCGUGUUUACCCCGUACGCUGCCGCCUUUCUUCUGAAGGAGGACGAGAUCAGAAUGAAGCUCAACAUGGCGCCUGGAUCCAGAAAUACAAACGCAGACACCAUUCGCAUUGACCCACUGGUCAUUGUCGACUUGAUGGUAGAUCUCAUGUUUAUUGCUGACAUAUUGAUCAACUUCCGGACCACGUAUGUGGAGAACGGCGAAGUAGUCAGCGAUCAGCAGAAGAUCGCUGUCAAUUAUGUCAAAGGCUGGUUUGUUAUUGACGCCAUUGCUGCCAUCCCUUUUGACCUCUUGCUUUUUGGUUCCGGGACAAGUGACACAAUGACAGUCACUGGAGUUCUUAAAACAGCCCGAUUGCUCCGCCUUCUACGUGUGAUUCGACGAAUCGAAGCUUUUGCUGAGUAUGGUUCUGCUGUACUUCUGUUGCUCAUGGUAACUUUCACACUGAUUGGUCACUGGCUGGCUUGUAUAUUUUAUGCCAUUGCCACAAUGGAACGCCCUCAGUUACACGCACCAAUCAGUUGGCUAGACGGGCUGGCGAACCAGACAGAGAUGUACUUCUACGCCAACGACUCCAUGUCUGGGCCAACCAUCAGAUCCAAAUACAUCACAGCCCUCUAUUUCACCUUCACGAUUCUCACCAGUAUCGGCUUUGGCAACGUGGCACCCAAUACCAACAUGGAGAAGAUAUUUUCUAUAUUUGCUAUGAUGCUUGGCUCCCUCCUGAGUGCUGCAAUCUUCGGUAACGUCUCGUCUAUCAUGUUGCGAGUGUACCAAGGAUCCGACGAGUAUCACGAGAAGGUGCAGAGCGUCAAGGAAUUCGUCAACUUCCAUCACAUUCCCAAGACAUUGGCCAGUCGACUGCAGGAGUCGUUCCAGCACGCAUGGACCUACACAAAUGGCAUAGAUAUGAAUAAUGUUCUCAAAGGGUUUCCAGAGUGCUUACAAGCUGACAUUUGUCUACACCUCAACAGAAACCUACUGCAGAACUGCAACGCUUUCAAAGGUGCCAGUCCUGGAUGUUUGCGAGUAUUGUCCACAAAGUUCAAGUCCACCCACGCUCCACCUGGGGACACACUUGUACAUCCUGGUGACCUACUGACCGCUCUCUAUUUUAUUGCUCGAGGGUCAAUCGAAAUCUUGAAGGACGAUACAGUCAUGGCCAUCUUGGGUAAAGAUGAUAUAUUUGGGGAAGACAUCAAAUGUAGCAGCAGCACACAGAUGGGUCAGUCCAUGUAUUGUGUCCGAGCCCUGUCCUACUGCGACAUCAACAAGAUCGAUCUGCUUGACCUCAGGGAGAUCCUGCAGACCUACCCGGAGUUUGCUGAAUCGUUCCUCAACAAGUUUCAGGUCACCUUUAAUCUGAGGAAGGGGACACUGCUUCAGUUGAGAGCCAAGUUGAAGAUGGAUGAUGAAACGUUACGGUUCAUUCGUCAAAGAAGACCCCGGCUUCAGUGUAAGAGAAGGACGUUGGAUAGUGAAUGCUACCUGUUUAUCCACCCAUAUCUUCUUCUCUCUGCACCCUCCCUAGGCAACGACGAGGAUGAGAGAGUGGGAAUCGUUGAGCUCAGCGUCGACAAGGCAACUGAAGACGUCACAGAGGAAGAUUUCUCCACA